GCACGAUUUGUUGUAGCGUUUGGUUGCCGUCAGUCGUCAAUCCUGUUAUGUGGGUAGGAGUUGAACGAGGUAUACUGAACAUUGCUGAGUGAACCCCCGCUCCAGAAUGUCGUCAAAUUCCAACGAUAGAUCACGUGGAUUGAUGCCAUUUGGCUUUGAUCACUGAAACAAUUGAUGCCACAACGAUAUUGACCAAGUUUGGGGUCGUCAGUGGUGAUUUAAACACACUCAAAGUUACUAAACCAAGCCCAACUGAAUUACAUAUCAUAUAAAGCUCGUACACCCAACAUGACUACUGAAAUCGCAGUCAGGACCUUCUUCCAGUCCCCAUUGUUUGCCGUAGUGGGCGCCUCGUCAAACACGGCCAAGUAUGGGCACAAGAUCUUUGCGUGGUAUCUGAACCACGACAUCCCCGCAACGCCCAUCAACCCGACCUCAGCCACGGUCGAUGCUCUGGGAAAGUCGCACGCCACCGUGCCGAACCUGGCCGCGCUCCCCAAGCCCAAGGAGACGUCCGUAUCCAUCAUCACCCCGCCCGCCGCCACCCUCAAGGUGCUGCAAGAGGCGCGCGAGUUGGGCGUGCCUGCCGUGUGGCUCCAACCUGGCACUUUUGACGACGAGGUCAUACGUUUCGCACGUGAGGAGGGUGCGUUCCAGGCUGUAGUUGCCGGGGAUGGUGGGAGAGGCGGCGAGGGGUGGUGUGUUCUCGUCGAUGGCGAGAGGGGGCUCAAGGCUGUUGGUAAGCUGUGAGGCGAAUGAUAAGACGCGAUAGGAGCAGGCGAGAAGUACGAAUACAGCAUGUGGAAGCGGACUGUCCGAGUAAAGGAACAAACCUAGGAGCAUCAAGUCACGUAAUGAAACUAAAUUUCAAGAAGGUGCAAUUGGCAUGGACUUGCCGGUUUCAGUAAGAAAACUCUUGAGCUGCUGUGCUAUAUAUGGACGGCUUGAUAGAUAGCAUACGAGCAGUUUCCACGACAACACAGGAACAAAAUUGUAAUAAUAGCAAAAAAA